CCGGGCCGGGGCCGGAGAGGGACUCGCGGGGCGCACGGGCGAUCGGUGCGGACCAUGAGCGGCCCCAGCUCUGGGAGCAGCCGCGGCGCGGGCGGUGCGAGGCCGGCGGCGCCGCGCCUCUGAGCCGCAGCGGGAGAGCCCGAGCGCGCCGGGAGAGUUGAGAAUCAUGGCUGCAGGAAAAUUUGCAAGCCUUCCCAGAAACAUGCCAGUGAAUCACCAGUUCCCCCUGGCCUCAUCCAUGGACCUUCUGAGCAGCAAGUCCCCUCUCGCUGAGCAUCGCACAGAUGCCUACCAGGAUGUGUCUAUACACGGCACCCUUCCACGGAAGAAAAAAGGCCCUCCUCCCAUAAGGUCCUCCGAUAACUUCAGUCACGUGGGCACCCUCCCUCACUCCAAAUCCCCACGGCAGAACUCGCCUCUGACCCAGGACGUCAUCCAAGAGAACCCACUGCAAGACUGGAAAGGGGAAACCUUCUCCUUCAGGGAUCCACAUCCUAUGGACCCAACUCUGGAAUACGUGAAGUUCUCCAAGGAGAGGCACGUCAUGGACAGGACCCCUGAGAGGCUGAAGAAGGAGCUGGAGGAGGAGCUGCUGCUGAGCAGCGAGGACCUGCGCAGCCACGCCUGGUACCAUGGCCGCAUCCCCCGACAGGUGUCCGAAAACCUCGUGCAGCGAGAUGGCGACUUUCUGGUUCGAGACUCGCUGUCCAGCCCUGGGAACUUUGUCCUGACCUGUCAGUGGAAGAACCUCGCUCAGCACUUCAAGAUCCACCGGACGGUCCUGCGGCUCAGCGAGGCCUACAGCCGCGUGCAGUACCAGUUCGAGAUGGAGAGCUUCGACUCCAUCCCCGGCCUGGUGCGCUGCUACGUGGGCAACCGCCGGCCCAUCUCCCAGCAGAGCGGCGCCAUCAUCUUCCAGCCCAUCAACAGGACGGUGCCCCUGCGGUGCCUGGAGGAGCGUUAUGGCACCUCCCCGGGCCGGGCCCGGGAGGGCAGCCUCGCCGAGGGAAGGCCAGAUGUGACCAAGAGGCUGAGCUUCACCAUGGGCAGUGCCCAGGCCCGCGAGCAGAACUUGCCCAGGGGAAACCUCCUCAGAAAUAAAGAGAAGAGCGGGAGCCAGCCAGCCUGCCUGGAUCACAUGCAGGACCGACGAGCCUUAUCCCUCAAAGCCCACCAGUCGGAAAGUUACCUGCCGAUUGGCUCUAAGCUGCCCUCUCAGUCCCCGGCCGUGGACACGAGCCCCUGCCCCAGCUCGCCCGUGUUCAGGACGGGCAGCGAGCCCACUCUGAGCCCGGCGGUGGUUCGGAGGGUCUCCUCGGAUGCCAGGGCGGGGGAGGCGCUGAGGGGAUCGGACAGCCAGCUCUGCCCGAAGCCCCCCCCGAAGCCCUGCAAGGUGCCCUUCCUCAAAGCUCCCUCGUCUCCGCCCGCCUGGCUCAACGCGGAGGCCAACUACUGUGAACUGAACCCAGCCUUUGCCGCGGGCUGUGACCGGGGAGCAAGGCUGCCCUCGUGUGCCCGGGGCGGCCAUCCCCAACUGCUGACGGCCAAGCAGAACGGGGCACCAGGCCCCCGGAACUCCGGCAUCAACUACUCCAUCCUUGAUGGCAAUGACGAGGCGAGACCAUGGGAACCUCCAGCAGCACAGACGGACAAGGAGGACGAGGGCAAGUUCGUGAAGCCCCUCCUGGAGACUGUGUCUUCGUUCAGGCCCAACGACUUUGAGUCAAAGCUCCUUCCUGCUGAGAACAAGCCCCUGGAAACAGCAAUGCUGAAACGUGCAAAAGAACUGUUCACCAACAGCGACCCCAAGGCCAUUGCCCAGCACAUGCUGAGCAUGGACUGCAAGGUUGCCAGGAUACUUGAAGUCUCUGAAGAGAUGAGGAGGAGCAUGGGCGUGAGCUCAGGGCUGGAGCUCAUCACCUUGCCUCACGGCCACCAGCUACGUCUGGACAUCAUCGAAAGACACAACACGAUGGCCAUCGGCAUUGCGGUGGACGUCCUGGGCUGCACGGGCACUUUGGAGGACCGCGCGGCCACCCUCAACAGGAUCAUCCAGGUGGCAGUGGAACUAAAAGACUCCAUGGGGGACCUCUAUUCUUUCUCAGCUGUCAUGAAAGCCCUGGAAAUGCCACAGAUCACAAGGUUAGAAAAAACGUGGACUGCCCUGCGGCACCAGUACACCCAGACCGCCAUCCUCUACGAGAAACAGCUGAAGCCCUUCAGCAAACUCCUGCACGAAGGCAGAGAGUCUGCAUGUGUUCCUCAAAGCAGUGUGUCGGUCCCACUGCUGAUGCCCCUUGUGACGUUAAUGGAGCGCCAGGCUGUCACUUUUGAAGGAACUGACAUGUGGGAAAAAAAUGACCAAAGCUGUGAAAUCAUGCUGAACCAUUUGGCAACAGCCCGAUUCAUGGCGGAGGCUGCGGACAGCUACCGGGUGAAUGCCGAGAGGAUCCUGGCAGGUUUUCAACCAGAUGAAGAAAUGAGUGAAAUCUUCAAGACUGAAUUUCAAAUGCGAUUGCUGUGGGGCAGCAAAGGUGCCCAAGUCAAUCAGACAGAGAGAUAUGAGAAGUUCAACCAGAUUUUAACUGCGCUCUCACGUAAACUGGAACCCUCUCCCAUAAAGCAGGCAGAGCUUUGACAACUCUCCAGAGAACCUUAGGAUAUUAUUUCAAGCGUCUGGGAAAGCUUUCAUGUGAUAAAGUAAUAACGUGCAAAUCUGACAAUAUACAAGCUUUUAGUAUCCACAGGAUAUUAAACGUGUAAAUUGCACAGAGCACACUUAUUUAUGGAUUGUUUAAAAUUACUACUGAUUUUUAAAUGAAUGAUAAUUUAUUAUUAAGGUAACAGUUGCUAAUUUUGAUCAGCUAAUUUAAGAGAAGACCUAGCUGUGUUGGCUGGUUGCUUUCUAUUAUGGCAUUUGACCAUUUUAGUUUUAAUUCUAUGUCAGAUAAGUGUAAAUAGAAGAGUUUAAAAGAAAAGCAUGAAACAUUUCAGAAGGUAUCAGUUGUAUGAUAUUCUUUAAAUAAAUAUGAAAAAUGUAAAUAGUCAUGAAUGAAAAUAUAUCUUUUUGUGAAACAGUU